AUGGCCGGGGCGUGCGUAACGCCCCGACAGUGUUCCACCCGCCAAAAGCAGUCGCAGCCUCUGUCGCCGCAACCGUCUUCUUCCUUGUUUGACGGCGCCUCACCCCGGGGACGACCCGGCCCUCUCUCCUCGGGUCAGAGAGCGGAGUGGUCACGGCCAUGUGGUGCCUGCCUGCCUCCUCCAAGUCGACCCCUCCCGCAGGGCGUGACACCUAUCGCUGGCUGGCUGCUGGGUAAGGUUGCUAGGCGUAGUGCACCCCCUGGCGCACUAUGUUUGCCGGGAGCCUUCGCUCCGCCGUCGCACGCCGGUCCCCCCAACACCGUCCAACGCGGGGGCGACCCGGCCCUUCCCGCGACACGAAAGCUGGACGGCCCGUGA